CAGCUGGUAGAACGCAUCGGGCUGCUGAGACGGGUGAAAUUACUCCAGACCGUCAACUAGUCGUUAACGGGAAUUGGUCAGCAGUCGGUAGGACCCAGAUGUGAGAGCCUUUACCGAUAUCUUGAAAACGCGUUAACAUGUUCCAUCUUCAGCCUCCCAAGGCGGUAUCCUUCGGGCUUGUUUGGUCACAAUAAGAAAACAGUGGACAGAUUGAAUGUGAGAGGUACCAGUUACCCACUCCACUCCUCUCUGCGCCUCCUCUUCCUCCUCUUCCUCUUCCUCCUACAUUGGGAAGCAUGAGCUCCUCGCCGGUGCUGUCCAGCCCUCCCAUCAACAUCGUGGAGGAGCUGCAGGUCAUCACCGCCCAGAACCUGGAGAAGCUGGAGGUCAACAAGUAUUAUGAGGUCAUCAGGGAGCUCGGCAAGGGCACCUAUGGGAAGGUGGACCUGGUCAUUCACAAGAUCAGAGGCACAAAGAUGGCCUUGAAGUUCCUUAAGAAGAAGACUACAAAGCUGCGCAGUUUCCUGAGGGAGUACAGCAUCUCGCUCUACCUCUCCCCCUGUCCCUUCAUCAUCAACAUGUUCGGUAUCGCCUUUGAGACCGACGACUAUUACGUCUUUGCGCAGGAGUACGCAGUGGCGGGAGACUUGUUUGACAUCAUUCCCCCUCAGGUGGGUCUUCCAGAGACGGUGGCGAAGCGUUGUGUCCACCAAGUGGGCAUCGCCUUGGACUACAUGCACUACAAGAAGCUGGUGCACCGCGACAUCAAGCCCGAGAACGUGCUCAUCUUCGACCGCGAGUGCCGCAAGGUCAAGCUGUCCGACUUCGGCAUGACGCGGCGGGCCGGCUCGCCGGUCAAGCGCGUGAGCGGCACCAUCCCGUACACGGCGCCGGAGCUGUGCGGCGCGGCCGAGCCGUCCGAGGGCUUCUGCGUGGACCCGGCCACGGACGUGUGGGCCUUCGGCGUGCUCCUCUUCUGCAUGCUGACCGGCAACUUCCCCUGGGAGAAGGCGCUGCCCACCGACGCCUUCUACGAGGAGUUCGCCCGCUGGCAGCGGGCCCGGCGCGGCGCCGGCACCGGCCCGGGGGGACCCGUGCCCUCGCAGUGGCGCCGCUUCACCGACGAGGCGCUGCGCAUGUUCCGCAAGCUCCUCUCGCUGGACCCGCAGCGCCGGUGCUCGGUCAAGGAGGUGUUCCGCCACUUCGGCCGCCGCUGGAUGCUGGACAGCGAGGUGGGGAUCGGGGGAGUCGGCGGGGCGGGCGCCGGCGGCGGCGUCGGCGUCGGGAGCCACCAGGGGGGGCUGAGCUCCACCUCCGACGAAGACGAGGAGGACGAGGACCUGCUGGUGGACCGCAUGAAGCAGCAGACGCUCUCGCCCGUGGUGUGCGGGGGCUCCAAGGCGGCGGGCGCCAUGGAGACGGGGUCGCCGCAGGGUCACCGCUACGCGGCGGUGGCGCCCGGCGGGUACGAGCGCGUGUCCAGAGACAACACGUCCGGCAGCCGCAUCCUAGUGACCACGCCUAUCGAGAUUUGCGUGUAGAGACAAACAGUGUACAGAACAGACACAAGUACACAAAUGUACACAGAAACACUUGCCCUCUCACUCUUACGCACACAUGCAAACACACACACACACACACACACAAGAACAUGGAAGGACAGAACAUGUCAUACCAAUUCCAUAGACAAUUCCAACUCUAACAGUGGACAACACUCACAAACAUUGCAGACUGAUUCUGUGAGUCAACCUCUCUAGAUCUGAGACUGAGAGCUACACUUGAACGGUGCAUAAUGGUGACCACAAUCAGUGGCAUUCUCUUGUUAAACAUUCCUAAUACUGACAUCAGUUUCUCUACAGGAUCUUGGUAGAGAAUACAUGUUGAUAGAAGGCUGUCACCUUUCCAACUAUAUAAAUCAAAACCUACCAGUAGUCAAGAGUGCUUCUAAUGACAAAAAAGAGACCUAGAGCAAAAUAAUAUCUUGAGAGCAAUAUACUGUACCUACUACGUCAAGCAAAAAAGAAGACCCAAACAGGGAUAACAGUAAACCAUGGCAUAAUUUUGGUGUUUGCUUCAAUUCAAUACUGAAACCACUCUCUUAACCAGAAUAUAAGAUGCUGUCAAGCCAACAAAUAAGUUAUUAACUGUCCAUUGUUGUUACAAUAUUGAUUAAAACACACCACGGUUUUAUUGAUUGAUUUACCAUGACGCACAACCAUUUUAUGGACUGAUUGACCAUUGCGAUCUCAAGCUCUUUCUGAUCUUUAAGAUUUUUAAGUAAUUACCUUCUAUCUAUAUUGUCUAAAAAUGCAACAUUUCAACAUUUGGAACUGUUUUGGAAGUGUGUCAUUGGUAUUUGGAACGGUCUGGAAGUUUGUCCUAGGCACUUUAACAUCAACUAAAAUGUGUUACGAAAGAGACUAUUUACCUUUGUACAAUGUGCUGGGACAUACAUAUUUGAUUCAGCAUUUUCAAUUCUAUUGAUUCGUCUAAUUUAUCUGACCUCUCUAUGGAAUAUAUAUUUUUCGAUUAGCCAUUUUGGAAUUAGCCCAGGUGUUUUCUUUACUGCAGUACAUAUGCAGGAUGUUGAUGCACUUGCAUCCGUAUUUAAUGAUAUUUAGUAUUGAGCAGCUUAUGUGCACAGUCAAAUCAUCACCUCUUUCCUUUCUCCAAAUGAAGCUACUACCAUUAUUUUUUACACCGAAAAAAACAAAGCAGACCACUGUACAUUUUUAGCAUUUUACAUUGUGGGUCAUAUUCCAAAGAGAGCAUAAGGAGGGGGAAAAAACAUAACAUGGAGCCCUACGGAAACAUCUGAAGUGACAUGGAAAUCAUUAGGAAUGAGGGAUAUUAGGGGUUAUUAGUGCAAAUGAUUGUCCACACCACUGGAAACAGCUUUCAGCUGUGUCACUGCCAACCAGCUUGUCCCAAUAGCAAAGCGAGACUCCUCUGAUUCCACUCGUCCCAAUUUAUAUGCAGAUGAUGUUCUCCUGCAGCACACUGUCGAGGGUUCUUGACUACAAUAAUACUAAAAAAAAAUGCUAUGAUGUCAGCGCAAUUGAGAAUGACUACUUUAUGUGUGACCCCAUCUCAGCUGCAGUUGUGGGUGGGAUGUGGUUACUCAGCCCAGUGUUACAGGAGAGGCUGUGGAAUGGAAAAUUCCACUCCAAAGGCCCGAGCUUGUGCACGAAGCUCUGGGUAAAGAUAUUUUGAAAAAUAACUUGACCAAUACUUUGAAGUUGUAAUCUGGUAAUGUGAUGAUCAGUUGUUUAUUGUCGUCAUCAAAACUGUAGACGUUUUAGUCAUUUUUGUAUGACUUGAGCUUUUGCAGAUGGAAUGACUACAGAAUGACUAAAACAAAGCUGUACUUGCUCAGAAACUAGAGGCAUUGGAGCUAUUUCUACCUGGUGUUCUAGUAUGAAAAUGUCACUGUCAUUUUUAUGUCAAAAUGUCAUUUAUAAGCUGAAGUACUUGACUUAAUUCUUCCAUAAAACCAAGGCUGGUCUUUAGUCAGACAUGCAUGUAUGUCAGUGCCACUGAUAAUGUACUUCAAUAGGUGUCAAAACUGCCCAAUUAAAGGUCAGCCUAUAUCACUAGAUGGUGGAAGAAAAAAAACCUAGAAUGAAAGCUUCAAUUUCCUUUACAUAUCGCAAAAGUGGACACAUCUACAAAAUAAAUUCAAAAUGUAUUUUUACAUAUUCUUAUUUAUUGGUUUUCCCUUGAAGGUAGGGAAUUCAGAACUACUAACCUAUUUAUGUUUUAUUUUGUUUUGAUUUGAACUGAAAAUAACUAAAGAUGGACACAAUCUUGUCUUUGAAUUGCAUGAAGAGAUACAACAAAUACAUUUAUAUAUUAAAAAAAAUCUGUCUUCACAAAAUACACAAGAAUUGUUGUGAUGUGAAACUUUGCUGUAGCACAAAAUUGCAGAAUAUUCCAGAGUGAUAUUUAUGACUUCUUGAAACAAUCUAGGGCUAAAUAUGAUGAUGAAAAAAAAUACUUGAUGGUUUUUUUGAGUGUGUUGUAUAUGUAUCAUGUUGUUAUUGUUGUUGUUGUUGUGUUGUUGUGUUAUUGUCUUAACAAUACCAAGGACAUCAUCGGAGCUGCGAUUUUUCUUGAGGGAGAUGUUAUCCGUCUUGCAAUACUCUAGUGCGUGUGAUGAAGUCAACUACUUCUACACAAGUGCAUCUGGGCUAAAUGAGAUGGUCUGUGGAGCAGGAAACAAGUAUUUUAUGUUUUUAACCCGACAUGCAUGGCGUGUACUGAAUCCUGGUAUGGAAACAAGUGCUGUGGGUGUUAAUAUGUCUCUGGACAAAGACACAUGGCUUCUCCACGGCAUCGAGCUGCAGAUAAAAAAGUAGUUUUGCAUCUACCUUUGACUCGAGAGGUCAGACUACAACACUGUGGCUUGAUCCUAAGUAGGCCUACCUGGAUGAAAUGGUUGGAAAAGUUGGAAUUUGACCAAUCAGAACGGAAUGGAUUUUCAAAGCAAUUGUUAGUCAAUUUCUGGCUGUAACGCCAUUUCUCUCCAGUUCUGCCAACUGAUAUCCAAGAUUUGAGGACUCAAAUUUCCAUGGACUGGUCGUUGUGUAUUGUGCUGCAAGUUGUGUGAUUUCAUUGUCUUUCUCUUCCGUGACAGCCUUUAGAUGCCCUGUGGGACAGUGAUGUUUCAAUCAGUAGAAAAAAACGACACUAGAACUCUUGUCAGACUUGUCUUCGCAAUACAACUGUCUUCCUGUUAACGGAUUUAAGCAAAAAUAAACAGAAAUCUUUAA